CCGGAAGAUCACACGCGUGCGUGGUAGGGACUACGGUGACAGUACCCCGGGUGGGGCAAGGGCCAGUCAUGGCGGAGCCCUGGUCUGGGCAGGCCUUGCAGGCUCUACCGGCCACGGUACUGGAUGCGCUGGGCGCGCUGGGCAGCGAAUUCUUGAGGGAGUGGGAGGCGCAGGACAUGCGCGUGACCCUUUUCAAGCUGUUGCUGCUGUGGUUGGUGUUAAGUCUCCUGGGCAUCCAGCUGGCCUGGGGGUUCUACGGGAAUACAGUGACCGGGUUGUAUCACCGUCCAGGUCUGGGUGGUCAGAAUGGAUCCACGCCUGAUGGCUCCACGCAUUUCCCUUCGUGGGAAAUGGCAGCAAACGAACCUCUCAAAACCCACAGAGAAUAAGGGAAGGCAGCAGAGGGUCUCCAAGGGCAUCACUGGGUCUGCUGGCUUCUACACUGGGUUCUGCUACUCCCCAGACCUCAGGGACAACUGCCGGGGGUUCAGGGUUGGUAGCAGGGUACCCAGUGCCUGCAGGGCUGGGCCUGUUCUGCCUCUUGGCCCUACGCCCUCAUCCAGGCACUGGGCAAGGGAAGAGUUUGCCUGUACCCUUAUCUGGGUGCCUUAAGGAGAGAGAUUGUGUUCCUCCUCUCUCAGGGGUGAUAACUCAGGAAGCCUCUGGGUUGGGAAGGCCAUCAGUUCUUUUGUCUUAGGUUUCUUUUCCUGUCCCUCUUCCCAUCCCCGAGAUAUGAUCCCAUAAAAAUAUUUCCUGAGUUGGCCAGACGCGAUGGCUCACGCCUGUAAUCCCAACACUU